UUUUGAAGUCAUCUUAUCUUCUCCAAUACACAUGCAAAUCCACUUUAUAGAGUGGUUGAAUUCUCAUUGUGCUAUAAUGGAGUGGUUAUAUUGCCUACCUCAUCUAGACUAUUUUUCCUCACAUUUCUAUGAUUUUUUUGUGUGUGUAAAUAUGGAUACACUCAUAUAUAUAAAUAGCCCAUUAAUGCAAAAACAUUGAAAACCACAAACAUUUGACAAAAAUGGGGUCUUUGAUGGAAGAUUUCAAGAGACAAGCUUCAUUUUUCUUGAGAGAGAAGAUCAAGAGAGCAAGAUUGGUUCUAACUGAUGUGACACCUGCACAAUUAUUGACAGAAGAUGUGACAAAUGGAGAUUCAUUGGCAGCAGAUGUUCAUGCCAUGAGACUCAUAGCUCGUGCUGCCUUCGAAGUUGAUGAUUAUGAACGAAUUGUUCAUAUCUUGCACCACAGGUUGUCGAAGUUCGAAACAUGGAAUUGGAGGGCUUCCUACAAAGCUCUGAUUCUUCUGGAACAUCUUCUCACGCAUGGCCCACAAAGAAUAGCAGAGGAAUUUGAAAGCGAUGAAGAUACCAUUAGAGAUAUGGCUACUUUUCACUUCAUAGAUGACAAAGGGUUCAACUGGGGAUUGAGUGUGAAGAACAAAUCAGAAAGAGUAGUGGAUCUUCUCCAAGACAGAUCAUAUCUGAAAGAAGAGAGAGCAAGAGCAAGGAAACUAACGGUUGGAAUCAAAGGCUUCGGGAGUUUCAACCACACUCAGAGCUCCGGCAACGACGACGGCGACAACGAUCACCACCCCGUUUUCCGAUCAAAGUCCCUCUUCCUCGGCGGCCAUCGUCAUCGUGAUGCUGCAGCGAAGGCUAACUUGCUGGGAUCAGAUGAAUACACCAAGUUAUUAGCAACCAACAUGAUGGCUGAAAAUGAUAGUAAUAUAAAAGGCUGCUCACAUCCCAUUGAAGAAGAUCAUCCAUUUUGGGACAAGGAGCAUCAGACCAGAGUCUCACUUCUAUCUUCUGUAUAAACACACACACACACACACGUAUAUACAGAGAGAGUGGGAGAGAGAGAUGAGUGUUGUAUUAGGAAGAUGUAAUUCAAUGUAAGGAAAGAAUUGAAGUACAAGCAAACUAUAUACAUGAACUUUAUUUGUAAAACAGUGUUAGUAUCAUUCCAAGAUCGUGUUUGUGUCA